ACAAAAUAUUCAAAACAAAGGAAGUUUUUGGACGACAGGAAAAGUUCUCGUAAACAUCCAGCUCUUACAAGGAUGGGCAGUCUUCCAAUCGCCCUGCUCCUCUGCGGUUUCCACGCCCUCACAGCUGUAGCCCAAGCCCCGCAGGCUGAGGUGGAACUCCCCAGAGGUGACUGGAAUGAAGAGGAGGCUUUGGUGUCUGUCUCUACCCCACCACCUGACUGUAGGGAAGAGACGUAUCCCUGCACCAGGAUGUACUCUGUCCACCGGCCCAUCAAGAGAUGCAUCCACUCCCUCUGCCUUUACAGCCUCCCUCGUGUCUAUGUGAUCAACAAGGAGAUCUGUGUUAGAACUGUCUGCCAACAGGAUGAGUACCUGAAGGCUGAGCUCUGCAGGGAGCGGUCCGGCUGGCCCAAACGCUUCCAGAGGUCAACCACCAAUAAGAAACGCUGUCGCAAUCGCCAUGGCAACCCCAAAACCUGGGAAAACAAGGCCUGAUGUGCCCAAGAUGGCGGAGAUGGAAGGAGGGGCGGAGGAAGAAGGGAGGAAGGAGAGAAGGAGUAGGAGGGAGGACACCCUUGGAGACAGAACACUGUAUUGUCUCCAUAAAAACACCCCAAAACACCAUAAAUCCACCGCUCAACACCUGGUGCUGGCCUGUGCCUUAAUACACACACACACACACACACACACACACACACACACACACACACACACACACACA